AUUGAACUAAUAUUUCAAAUUUUUAACCAACAAUGGCUACUCUUUGUAUGUCUUCAUCUUCUUUAGUUAAACUUCACCAAAUCUCCCCCUUUAUUCAUUCUUCUUCCCCAGCAAAUCCAAAUCUACUUCGGAGAUCAUUUUUCGAUCAUUUUACGGCCGUCAAUUAUGUACCGGAAUCUUUGAAAUUGAGGGCAAGGGUUUCCUUAUUUCCGUUUUUCUUUACCAAAAGUGAAGACACUGAGAGCCUUAAGCAGGAGCUUCUCGAAGCCAUAGCCCCACUUGAUCGCGGUGCUGAGGCCACUCCUGAAGAUCAAAAGCUUGUUGAUCAGAUUGCAAGCAAACUUGAGGCAGCUAAUAAAGUGAAGGAGCCCCUGAAGUCGAGCUUAUUGAAUGGAAAGUGGGAGCUUUUGUAUACUACAUCUCAAUCAAUUCUACAAACCAAGGUCUGGUCUGAUCUUAUCUUUCUUAUGCACAUUUCCAGAAGCUAAGAUGCUCCUGCUCGUUUAUCAUCUGUUCUUUUCUCGAGGGAACAGAUUACUUCAAUUACGAAGACUGUUGGUUUUAGAAUCAUAUAAGUAGUAAGAGUAAAAGUCUAGGGUGUACAUAGA